AUGACGGGCCCCUCGAACGAGAAUGUAGCCCCGGAGGCGGAGGCGCCCGUACUGUGGAGGCACCCCAGCCCCUUCGACACGCAGCUGGCCCGGUUCAUGCGCCACGUGAGCCGCAAGUACGACCUCAAGCUGGAGACGUACCCCAUGCUGUACCAGUGGUCCAUCGACAACGUCGCCGAGUUCUGGGGCGAGGUGUGGGCGAUCUGCGGCGUCACCUCGUCGCGCCCGUUCGACGCCGUGCUGCCGCUGCCGGGCGCCGGCGCGGGGCCGGAGGCUGCGGCGGCGGCCAUGUUCCCGCGGCCCGACUUCUUCUCGGGCGCGCGCCUUAACUUUGCCGAGAACCUGCUGUUCCCUGCCGGCGUGGAGGUUGACCCCUGGGGUGUGGCUGUCAUUACUGCCACGGAGCGGCCCGGCGACGUCGUCGAGACCACGUGGGCGGAGCUGAGAGAGGCGGCGCGCCGGUGUGCCGGGGCCCUGCGCGCGGCUGGGCUGAAGCAGGGCGAUGUCGUGGCCGGCUACGUGUCGAACCACGUCCAGGCCUUGGUCGCCAUGCUGGCCUCGGCAUCGCUGGGGGCUGUUUGGUCCGGAAUUAGCCCUGAUAACGGGGUGUCGGCUGUGCUGGACCGGCUGGCGCAGCUCGGGCCGAGGGUGCUCUUCGCGGACGACGGCAUGGUCUACAACGGCAAGGAGUGGUCGAGCACGGCCAAGACCGAGGAGAUCGUGGGCGAGCUCAAGAAGAAGGGGCUCGAGCUGGUCGUCGUCGUCAGGAACCUCCCCGGCGCGGACCUCGGGCUCGACGGCCUCAGGGGAAAGGUCGCCCGCGUGGACGAGUACGAGAACUUCCUGGGCGGCUCGCCGGACGAGGAGCUCCGCUUCGAGCAGCUGCCGCCGUCGCACCCGCUGUACAUCCUCUUCUCCUCGGGCACGACCGGUCUGCCCAAGGCCAUCAUCCACACGGCCGCGGGGACGCUCAUCCAGCACAAGAAGGAGCACUUCCUCCACUGCUCCGUCUCGCGCGCCUCGCGGAUGCUCUACUACACCACCACGAGCUGGAUGAUGUGGCACUGGAGCGUGUCCGCCCUCGCCGUCGGCGCCUCCCUCGUCCUGUACUCGGGCUCCCCGUUCCGGCCGCACGGGCACCUGUCCCUGCCCAGGCUCCUCUCCGAGCUCGGGGUCACGCACUUCGGCACCUCCGCCGCGUACCUGGUGGCCCUGGAGGCGAGCAACGUCCGGCCCGUCGACGACAGCUCCCUGGACCUCAGCCGCCUCGAGGCCAUCUACUCGACCGCGUCGCCCCUGCCGCCCUCGACCUUCAGCUUCGUCUACGAGGCGUUUCCCAAGUCGAUUAACCUGGGGUCCAUCACUGGCGGCACCGACAUCAUCUCGCUUUUCGGCACCCCCUGCCCGCUGGUGCCCGUCCGUGUCGGCGAAAUCCAGUGUGCCGGGCUGGGGAUGGCGAUUCAGGUUGUGGACAGCAGCUCGGCGGCCGACGACCCCAGGCCCGUGGACCCUCCCGGUGCGCCUGGUGACCUCGUCUGCGUGAAGCCGUUCCCGUGCCAGCCGCUGACUUUCUACGGUGAUAACGGCGACGAGAAGUACCGCGCUGCAUAUUUUGAACGAUUCCCAGGACUAUGGCAUCACGGAGACUUUGUCCAAAUCACUUCAAAUGGCGGCCUAAAGAUGCUCGGCAGGAGCGACGGCGUCCUCAAGCCCGCGGGCGUCCGCUUCGGCUCGGCCGAGAUCUACAACAUUCUGACUCGCUUCUUCGCGUCCGAGAUCGAGGACGCAGUCUGCAUCGGGCGGCGGCGGCCCGAGAUCGACGCGGACGAGACCGUGUGCCUGUUCGUGGUGAUGGCCCCCGGUAAGAAGUUCACGAAGGGCGAGACGGACGCGCGCGUCCGCGACGUGGUUCGGCGCCAGCUCAGCCCGCGCCACGUCCCCGCCGUUGUCGAGGAGUGCGGCCCCGCUGGCGUGCCAAAGACCGGCAACGGCAAGAAGAUCGAGGUCGCUGUCAAGCAGAUCCUCUCUGGGAUGGAGGUCAAGACGAAUGCCAGCGUUGCGAAUCCGGAGGCGCUGGCGUGGUUUAAGACUUGGGCGGAGGAGCAUCCUUGA